AUGGGUGAAUCGCGAACCGAACUGAUCCAAUGGGUCAACGAACUUCUCUCGCUCUCCUACACCAAGGUUGAACAGCUUGGCUCCGGGGCUGCAUAUGCGCAAAUCAUCGAUUCCAUCUAUCUCAACGUGCCGUUGGGAAAGAUCAAAUUCGACGCGAAACACGACUACGAGUACAUCAACAACUUCAAGGUGCUGCAGGAGGCUUUUAAACGGAAUCGAAUAGACAAGCCGAUACCUGUGGAUAGAUUGAUACGGUGCAAGAUGCAGGAUAAUUUGGAAUUCUGCCAGUGGUUGAAGAAGUUUUGGGAUUCCCAGUUCUCGGGGGAUGUCUAUGAAGCUGAAGCUAGGAGGGCUGGCGUUCUUGCUGUGCCUCCUCCGCUUGUGGGGGCGGUGAGUGUUGGUGCUGCUAGGACUGCUCAAUCUCGUCCAGUGCCUAGAGCACCUCCGACAGCAGCGACCGCAGCAGGAAGGACCGCCGCGAGAACUGCGCCAACUGCAGCAGCAGCUGGGAGAAAAGCACCAGGAGCAAGAAGCGGCGCACCGGUACCAAACGAAACAAUCCAAGCCCUAACGCUUCAAAUGGACGAAAUGAAAGUCUCGGUCGAUUCUCUGGAGAAAGAACGAGACUUCUACUUUGCAAAACUACGGGACAUCGAAAUCCUAGUCCAGGAACGACUCGCUAUCCUAGCAGAACAGUUCCCAGUACCAAGUCAGGAGGAUGAUCCGGCAGGAGAACACGUCGGUACGGAGGAACAGGAGAGUUUGAAACAGAUCCAAGCCAUCCUUUACAGUACCGAGGAUGGCUUUGAAGUGCCCGAGGGCACCGACGCCGACAUUUACGACGAGGAUGCCCAAGGCGCGGUGGAUGAAGAGGAAAUGUUUUGA